UUGUGAAAACCACAUCUACCGUUUACACCCAUGCGAAGAAUUAUUUGAAAUUUUUCAUUUUAAUUCGAUUAAAAUUUGCAAAUAUUAUGAUAAAUCAGUUUUAAGUAUCAAUAUAUCAAUAUAAGCGUAAAUUUUCAUAUUUCAAAUACCUGAAUUAUUGAUACCGGUUAUUUUACUUCCUUGAGAAAUGGGGAAUCACCACAUUACCCAGAUUACCCAGAACAGAACAAAGCCGGUCUCUCGUCUCUCACUCACUCGUCUGACUCGCAUAGCAAUAGCAUACGCGACAAGUGUCAACAGCGUCUGUGAGACAGAUUCGUGUUUGGGAAUUCCGAAUUUUGUCCUUUUCGCUUCGCCUGCCGAAAGAAAGCAAUCGUUAUGGCGGAUGGGAAUCUGGUGACAGUGGCCUCCAAGAAGCUGAAGGCCCUGCAAGAGGGGCUCCUUACGGACGUUGUCUUCCUCGUUGGUGAAAAUGAUGAAACGGCCGAGGAAAUUCGGGCCGUCAAGUUUGAUUUAACUGUGAGCAGCACGUUUUUCGCCAACCUUUUCAACUGCCCUCUGACCCUGAAAUGUGACGGAAAAUUCAGGUUGAAGAACAUCGAGCCUCGAGUCUUCAAAUUGAUCGUCGAGUUUACUCACCUGAGUGGACAGCUCGUGUCCGACGUGGACAGUCUUGAGACCUGCCUUAAGCUGGCGUCUGCCGCCAAGGAGUACCUGAUUGACGACCUGGCUGCUCUGUGCUCCAAACUGCUCGAGGACAAGUUCCUCGCCGUGGACAACGUGUGGGCAGUGCUCGGCAAGCACCACCUGGUCGAGAGCAUCGCCUCAUCUUGUCUGCAAUUGUUACGUUCGGAGACAAGCGAGUGUUUGAAGCACCGAAGCUUCCUUGAUGCCAGCGAGGAGGCCAUCAAGCUUUUCCUUACUCUGGAAAAGAUGGACAUUACUUCCGAGUCUGAACUCUUGGACGCGUGUCUUCGGUACGCAUCAAGCAAGGAGGAUCAAAGGGACGUGUUCCGCCGAUGUUGUCUGCGCGACCUCCGAAUUCUUGCCCUCGACUCGGUCGACCUUGCUAGAGUGGCAGACUUUCUCACUCCUGAAGAGAAAGUCGGCAUUGUCAGCUGCACGAGUCCUUUGACGAAGAUGAUCGGAGCAGCCCCGCAGCUUUCGCCUGGUCUCUGCCCAAUUUCAGAGGAGAGAUCAGAAAAGAUCGUGAUCGUUGGCGAGCAAACGCUCACUUUGAUUCCAGACUGCCACAUCCUGAGCCCUAAAGAGAUUUACCUGAAAAUGGCAGCAGACUCUGACCUGUAUUUCGAGCAUUUCUUCGAUGCCCAAAAACCAUCUUUUUCCUAUGAUACUUACACUUUAACUCUACAGCCUAAGACAAGCAUGAAGAUUUUGAGCAUUCAAAUCUUCAACGAUUUGUACUUCCACAACGAGGCUUUUGGAGGAGCCCAACGCGAUACUCGCGAUGACUCUCAAUUUGCACGACGUCUGUUUGGAAUUCGGUGCUAUGUCAGAAGUCCUGGAGGGGUGGAACUGAAUCAAGAGGUCGAGGAGGAUGCAUUCUUUGCAACUGAAUGCGGCAGUUCCACUUCUGUCAAGCUCUCUACUCUUGUUCCUGCUGGCGCAACCUUCGUUUGCAUGGUAAGGUUGAAGGGAACUGCUCGCUUGAGAAGAUUGCGCUUCUCUGAGGACAUCCUGAAGAGCAUCAACAAGGAAGCCACCAUGAAAGCUUUUUAUCAUGUAAAACACGGUGAAUGCCAUGUAACUGUUGGUUUGAUCAAAUACGGUGAGAAACAUACAUAUGGUGACAAAACUCGCUGUAUUUUCAAAUCUGUUCGAUUUGCCGACAAGGAUUAUGAAAUACAGAAAUAAAUAGCACGAUUUUUCAGCAGUUUGUCUGGUUUUUCUACAAGUUUAAAUCACGCGCGAUAUUCUGUCAAGCCAAGCAAGCGCGUCAGCCAAUCAGCGACGAGGAUUAAGCA